UGCCGAUAUCAGAAUUCGUGAGGGACAGACGACGGGCGUAACUGGUGGAGAACCGCCGGCGGCUUUAGGCGCGAUUAAAGUUGGAAUGGAAGGAAAGUCUGACUUGGAAACAAUGCAAUCCCCGACUAAGAAACAAUGGAUAAACACUAAACAGAAGAUGUCUGGACACGGCCUUUCCACGAAUAUAUCUCUUCUUUCUCAACAUCAUCUGCUGCUGCUCUGUUCUGUCAAGUUGGAAGGAGAAAGAAUGCGGCAACAACAGCCCAAAAGGAUCUCGUUUAAAGAAUCUGUCAAGGCUGUUGAAGCUGAUAUACGACGUGCAAAUGCCUUGGCAGCUAUGUUCUCGAGAGAGUACGGUGGAUUUUGCAUUCAAAUGAGAUUGCAAUACAGCCCAUUUGCUCUCUUUUUUCUUCAUUGGAUUGAAUGGAUGGAUUUCAGUUGCACAGAUCCUCUUCCAAGUUUCUUGGGCCUUUUCCACGUACUCUUGUACAAGGUGUACAUCGAUGGACACCAACCGUUGGCGUCGCCACGAGAAAGAAAAGCCACCCUCAAGGAGUUCUAUGCUGUAAUAUACCCUUCACUUAGGCAACUUCGAAGUGGGCACCUCAAGUCAAAAGAAGAGACUUCUUCUAGGAAGAGAAUAGAAGAUCAAAAGGGGAUAUCUAAUGAGGAUCUUCAGAGGGAUGAAGAGUGUGGGAUAUGCAUGGAAAACUGCAGAGAUGUUGUGUUGCCAAACUGUGGCCAUUCGAUGUGCCUCAGCUGCUUUCAGGACUGGAGUCCGAGGUCGCGUUCCUGUCCCUUCUGCCGUAACUGUCUAAAUAGGUUGAGCGCCAGGGACCUGUGGGUUCUUACAAGCGACACUGACAUUGUCGACUCGGAAACUCUUACCAAGGAAAAUCUAAUACAUUUCUACCUUUAUAUCGAAAGCCUGCCACUGUUUCAACCAGAUGUGAGUAUUUUAAUACCAGAUUACAUGUUGUGAUCCGUCGGAAGCAAGAAGCAUGAAGCAUGAAGCAUGAUCCUAUGUGUUGGCCACCUCUAACAUCAACUGGCAAUACAAUUUAAGCUGUAAGCUUGAUUCUCUGCUACUGUCAUCUGUUCAAAUUCAAGAGAUUGCAAGUAGAAAAAAGCAUUGCUUUGUAUGGUUCCUCGAGCACUGUCAUUUGAACAACGUAAUAAACUUCAACUUUCUAAUAAAUAACUAAACACAAUGCAGAUGGGGCAGUUUCAAUCAAAGUAGUUUAAGAAAAAAGCUUUUAGGUGUCGCAGUGGAACAGUUGAUAUCAGUGAUGGCUGGUCUUGCGCUCGGACAAUCUCAGGACACUGAGACAUCCUUAGGAGUGCUUGUUCUACAGAAUCCUGAUGCAUUCUGAUUCAAUUAUGGAGUUGGAUAUCUGUGAUCUCAAGCAUAUAAUUAACAGACUAAUUCAAUGAGAAAAGAUCCGUUCCUUA